AUGGCGGUGCCGAAGCUGGGGAACGUGCUUUCAGGUUCCGUCAGUGUGGAGGGACGAAGUUGUAACAGUUCGUGGGGAUGUCGGACUGUGACUGUAAGUGAUGGGCACCGGUACUGGAAGCUGGACUGCGAAGGGUUGGUCAGCAAGCCCGGCGAGCAGAUUGACCUGGUGGUAUCGGGGGUUAAGCCGUACACCGUCACGCUCAUGACCGAUCCAGUACCUGAAGGGGAACAUGUGAGUCAGGGCUACAUCACCUUCCGGCUGGUUGGGCAUGAUGGGACUCGAACCAGCGAUCUCAGUCUCGCGAGCGGAACCAGAACCCCCGGCCUCAGCGUGUCGGCGCGCUUCUACGGUGCUGAUGUGGGCCAGAUAGACGCCAUCAAUGUUACCAACCACACCCCCAACGACCCUUGGCGGUUCAAGUAUCUUACCGUCAACUUCGACGGCGGUGGCGCCAAAUUCGUCGGCGGACCGUACGUCGGGACACCCUUCAGCAAAAGCGUCGUCUUCCGGAACGUCUACGUCACAGAUGACGGCUCCGCCUCUGCCGACGCCGCCGAGGUGCCCGUCGAGUGCCACACGCGAUUAGCCGACAUUGUGUCCGGUUCCGUGAACCUGCCGCUGGUGGUCAAGACGCGCUGCCCCGCCGGCUGCGACAGCUCGCCUCUGUCGCUCGUCAACGGCCUCAGUCUACACGCCUCCACCAGCAGCGUCUGCGCCAGCGCCGUCGCCGAUGGCACCAUUGGCGUCAGCGGCGGCACAGUUCUCCUGCAGCUCUACCCCUCCGACCACCGCGACCUGACCAGUCUCUAUACCAAAAUAGGCCUCCUCGACAUCCACGCCUACCGCGACGACCCCACCGACGACAGCACGUUCUACUUCACCACCGCGCGCAUCACUUCGCUCGACGACCUCGACUCGUCCAUCAGAAUCGUGGACGCCUUCCAGACUAGCUCGCAUACGGGUCGUCUGGAGUUGAGAGAAUCAAACGGCACUUGGGGCAGUGUCUGCAAGCAGGGCGAGACGGAGCAGUUCGGCCUGGAGGCAGCGAAAGUCGCCUGUCAGGAACUGGGGUUCCUCUGGGGGUCUUUGCUCACCGAGCAAUGCAGCGCGCUGAGUCUCUGUGGGCCCAAAACUCUACCCGUGGUUGCGGGGGGCAUUACGUGCAAGGGCGUUGAAGAUGGGGUGGGAAAGUGCGCUGUUCAAAAACCAGCACACGUGUGUGCGGACCAUAGCGAGGACGUGCUGGUGCACUGCACCGACGUCCCGCCUAACAUACGGCCCAGCCAAAGCGCUCUGAGGCUCAUAGACAGCUCCGGAGCGCCGGCAGUGCGGGGAAUUGGCCGAUUGGAAAUGUAUGUCGCGAAUCAGUGGACGACAAUCUGCAACGACAAAUGGUCGUCGGUGAACGCCGGGGUAGCCUGUCGCGACAUGGGGUACACGGGGGUGAAGGACAUUGUUUCGCUCACCACAGUUGCCUCAAGUCUCGGGACAGGACCAAGCAAAUCACGCCGCGCGGGCGCCGGCCGCGGCGGCGGAAGGGGUAAGGCAGAUUUGGAUGAAGACAUGUGCGCGUCGGUCAUGGGCUCCAACUACUGCGGCCGGACGGACCAGCGCAUCGGGGUGACCGAGGUUGCGUGCGAAGGAUCGGAGUUGAGGUUGCGAGACUGUGCCCUGAGUGCGCCAGAGGACGUAUACUGCGUGCACACGGAGGACGUUGUGGUGGGUUGUGACGGUCCCGGCGACCCUUCGGGUGUGGGUCUAUUUGCGGCCGACCAUGCGCCCAAGUUGCGUUAUAUACCGUUGAAGCCGACGCAGGCGAUCAAAUGUUCGGACAGCUUUGACUCGCUUUUCUCGAAGCUGGAACCGCUGCCUGGAGAGAUGUUUGUACUUCGGUGUCCCGCUGGGUGCACCCAGAGUGGUCAAGGAUCAGUCAUCGGGAGCAUUCUGUAUGACUGGCAGAGUUUGGUUUGCCUGGCAGCGGUUCACUCGGGCAUCAUCGACGACUCGGGCCAGGUCUUUGCAGCGGUCGCCGGCCACGGACAGUUCCAGUUCGUGGGCAAGGAGCAGAAUGGGCUUGUUAGCGAGGAAGGCGCAGCGGCUGACAACUCCUUCUACAUCGUGAAGAUGACGGCUGAUCUUACUGCGCGUAUGCCGCUUCAGACGAAGGACCUAUCUGUGUUGGGCGGCGGUGGCAAAUCGAUGCUCUCCGACAAAUUUGUACUUGAGAGAGAAAAUAACAAACGCACUUUGACAACCGACAACGUAGGAGACGGUGGCAGCACCCUUGGUGCUCAAUCAGCAGGACCGAUCUCCUUUCUGCAGACCGGUGCGUCAGGUACUGCGGCGACAGGUACGGCGGCGGCAAGUGGUAUGACGAGUACAAAGAGGAGUCGGCAGCAGGUCCCGGUGCCGUUGGUGGCUUUUUGCAAUGAGGACACGUCGGUGAAGUUUGAUGGGUCUUCGAAGGCGCAGGUCACGAUGAAUGAGCUGCCGGGCGGGCAGUCCUUGUCUUCGUUGUACUCCUUCACGGUGGCACUUCGAUUUAAGCCCGACGCGGACGCUAACAGUGGAUGGAGGAGCAUCGUGAGCUACUCAGAGUGCGACGGGUUUAAUAUCGUUCUCAGUCCUGAGGGGGAGUUGGUGUUUGAGCAGCUGUGUUCGCCGUUGGUGGUGCCUACUCAGAUAUUCCCGGACCCGGCCAAGUGGAGUACAGUCAGCGUUGUAUACAACCAUGAGUACAGCGCGUUGACGAUACUCGAUGGGACCAAGAUUGUUGCCCGAGAAAGCGUGGGCAGCAAUGUGUUCCGCUGGAACUCCUUGUUGAAGCUGGGCGAGUCCUCGACUCUGGAGUAUGAACCGUUUACAGGGUCUAUAUCUCAUGUUCUCAUCUUUAACACUGCUCUGCUCGAUGGCAAGGAAGACGUGAGUGCGAUCGACAUGGUCAACAACAGGCUAGGCGAUAUAUGCAGAAGGCUGCAAGCUACCCAGGCUGUGCCGAACUAUUCAGACGUGGACUAUAAAUUGUGUAUAUCUGAGUGCGCCAAGUCGACAAAUUCCAGGAUUAGGAAGAAGAUGUCGAGAAUACAGCUAGCAAGGGCACCCGCCAUUCCCGUCGAGUGCACGAGUACUCUUGAUAACACGGUAGCCCUCUCAGGCAAAAUGAAUGGAAUGGUUGAGGUGCUGUGCCCUCUCAACUGCUUUAGCAACCAAACACUGGGUGGCAGCAACACCGGGGUGAACGAGCUUGGCGGACUCCUGACUUCGGCCUCCAAGCCCGACGCUUUCCCUGGCAGCUAUAGAAUCUGCAGUGCCGCAGCCGUUCUUGGCUUUAUUCCUACAGAGAAGACACAGAGGCUCCAGCUAUCUAUUCUCCCGGGGAAACUCAACUACCUACCCUCUGCCACUUCCAUGUCGCCGCAAGAUUCUAUAGAGCUCAGAAACCUUGCGUCCAUGAAAGAUAUCAGAUCAUUCACUAUCACUGCCCUUACCGAGCCCCAGACCAUUCCGUGUAGGGCAACAGCGGAAUUUCUGGUAUUUCAGCCUGUCGGACACGCGCGUUUGCUAAGAUGUCCCAAAGGCUGCCAAGGUAGCAAACUCGACCAGAAAGGCCCCGUUCCCCCACCGCAAAGUCCCUUGAUUGAGUCUGCCCGAACAAAGGACGAUUCCCUCUUUAUUGACGUUCUGAGCUACGCCCCGAGCUUCGUCCAAAACGACGAAGAGACCGAAAGCGCUAAGGGAUUGCUGACCAUUAGAGACCCGUCAGUUCCGAUUUGUGAGUUGGCAGUGGACUUAGGAUUAUUGACGCCGACCACUGCAAGUGACGUGCUGGUAUAUGUUGCGGCAAAAACUGAGGCGAGCUUCAUCAGCACACCCACCGACCUUCAGUUACCGAAUUUACCCACAGCUCAGGAUUGGUUGGCCUCGAAAAGACCGGCAGCGGCGUCGUCGGACGGGUCUUUAAUUACCUACAGUUCUGUUACCGACCUUAUGAAUGAGGACAUACUCUUUGGGGGCUCAGAGCAUAUCCACUCUCGUCGGCCUUCCGAAGGUUUGUUGUCUGCCUCGUUUGAACAUGACGGUAACACAGGUGUCAAGACAGGUGUCAAGACAGGUGUUAGCACUGAGUGGUUUGAUGGCCAAGAUGUCAAUGGAGUGUUUACUAGUGUUGAUAGUGAGUGGACAGAAGCUAGGUCUCCGUCAAGAGGCUAUGGUAUUCUACCAUUGUUCUCAUCAAUCAGGUGCGCAGAUUCCCGUAUUGGAGAUCUUCCAAUCGGCAUGAACCUUAGCAGCAAAACGGCGGACCGCUCCCCGGUUGGAGAGAACGCCAGCGGCGUUAUGUUCUUGCCAGAAUCCGACUUGAUGGAGAACUAUCAUUGUGAUGGAGCAUCCGAGAUAUCAGGACGUAUUGCUACCCUUCCCGGUUACGUUAAAAUACCGGCCUUGGGCGUCGUGGUUAGUUUUAACGAAGAGGGUUGCUUUAUUGGCAAGUCAGCCGCCCACACCCGUGAGCCAGAAGGAGACAUUUUACCUCGAAGGUUCCAGCUUCAGGUUUCAUACGAGAGACUUCAAGGGAGUGUAGAAGACGGCGAAGGCACCAUGACACCUUGCUACAGUCACUUCGAUGAUUUGGACGACCUCAAGGACCUUGACGAAGAUCCAUACAGUUAUAAACUGUACGGGUCAUUCCAGAAUGUGCUCAUUCAGAGAGUACAAUGA